GAAUUGCCACUUCCAGAUCAGCACCUAAUUAACACUGGAUGUUGUGGAUUUCAUUCUGGACACCAGUUUGUCUGAAAAUAUUUCAUAAAAUACCGUAAAACAUAAAAAUCAGUUCAUAUUGAGCCCUCAUUAGAAGUGUUUCGUCUUCUAGUUUAUUUCUGGGUUUGACUUUGACCACCAUACACGAAGCCAUCUGUGUGUAGAACAUAAAAAUUGAAGGAGAGGGUUAUUUUCAUUUGACUAAACUUGACUUUGCGGACCUAUUAAUUCAAUUCAAUCUAAAAAAAUUUCACGAGGCGGCAAUAAAUAAUUCCAUAGCCAACUUCAAUUGCACUAUAAUUAUUUGUAUUUCUAAACAGACGCUUAAUUCGAACCGUUUCUUGUAAUGGAACUUUAUAAAUUAAGCUUAAUUUAGACAUCAUAAAGAUGUUGCUGUGAUCAGUUGCAAAAUUAAAAAUCGCGCGCGCAUGGUUUAAGGCUUAAAAUCUGAUAAUAGUCCAAAUUUAUCGUACUGUUAUCUCAGUUACGCGGAUAACAUUCAAACGCGAGUGUUGCGAAAACUAAUCCUAAUGCAGUUUAUACUAAUUUACGAAAUUUGCCUUGAAGGGCCCCAUACUUAGCUGGAAGAGCUUCUGUGUAACGUGACCUUGUGUUGCGUGAAAAGUUUCAUUAUUUGUUCAAGCUAACUAAACCGAUUGUGCUAAAUGGAUAUUGAAUGCCACUAUUUACAAAUUAAAAUGCUCAACAUUCAUAAUGCCUUUGUGCAAAGUCGUCGUGUGCAAGAAACCACAGGACUCAAAAAAUUAUACAAUUCAUUCUUUGUUAUGUUUUAAACAAAUCGUGAAUUAAUUCGGUACUAACUAGAUUGCGUUAGCUCUUGUAUUCAAAAGUUAAAAAUUCAUAUGAAAAGAGAUUAUAAAUGAACGCCUUUUCUUACAAAGUAUUCAUUCUGUAAUUUUGUUAUUAUGGAGUUUCAGUUGUGCCAAAACAAUCCACAUAUAUUUUCUAUCGAUCGUAUAAAUUCGCGAGAGUUGUGGAAUAUUAUUAACGAACCAAGCAUGAACUCUGACGACUGUUUAGGUUGGACUAACGACCACAAAAUUGACAAUUUCAUUAAUACGGUUUUACCUAAAACUACCUCAAAACGAAAAUUAUCCUCAUCAGGAACUAUACCGUUUAAGACCAAAUCAACUUCCAAUGAGAACCUCAAAGAACCUUCAAUGGUAACAGAAAAUUUCGCAAAAUCGACAAAUGCUAAGCGAAAUAUGGCUGAAAACGGUACUUCUCGAAUGCCACCAUGGCAGGUAGACGAUAUUUCAGAUCUGAAUGCAGAUUUAGAAGGCUCACUUGCGGGGUUAGGAGCAGAUUUAAGUAGCAACUCAUAUAAUAUGAGUGAAGCUAUUCUUUCUCUUCCCGGUCUUCCAGUUUUUAAACAAGAAGCGCCCUCUCCCACAUCAAAUGAAGCAAAAACGCUUUCUCAUCCGUCAUGUAUUCCCGUUACCUCAUCACAUACAACUACAAAUUCAGCAGUUAACGAUGGCAAUAGUAAUCAAAAUAUGUUUAAUAACACCCUUCAGCACUUACUGGGUGGUUCCACUUAUUCAUCUCUGCAAACAAAUAUUGAUGGUAACAAUAUAGCCUCUUCCCCAUCCUCUCUUUCCCAAGAUGGAUAUCAUGUUACAUCAAGCAGUAAUACUUUUGGUGAAGAUUGCCGUUUUCAAUAUGUCCUUGCUGCAGCAACCAGUAUUGCCACUAAAGUGAAUGAAGAUACAUUAACAUAUUUAAACCAAGGGCAAAGUUACGAAAUUAAAUUAAAGAAACUAGGAGAUCUGUCAGCAUAUCGAGGAAAAUUACUAAAGACUGUAAUUCGGAUUUGUUUCCACGAACGACGAUUACAAUAUAUGGAAAGGGAACAAAUGUCAUUAUGGCAGCAAUCUCGACCUGGUGAUAGAAUAUUAGAGGUUGAUGUGCCUUUAUCUUAUGGCCUUUGUGAUGUAUUGCAACCUUCAAACGCCUUAAAUCUGAUUGCCUUUACUUGGGAUCCAACAAAAGAAGUUGGAGUGUAUAUUAAAGUAAAUUGCAUAAGCACCGAGUUUACUCCAAAAAAACAUGGAGGGGAAAAGGGGGUGCCCUUCCGUAUUCAAGUUGAAACAUAUCAAGCAUCCGAGCCUUGUGAUUCUUCUAAACGACUACAUGCAGGCGUGUGUCAAAUAAAAGUAUUUAAGCUUAAAGGCGCUGAUAGAAAACAUAAGCAAGAUAGAGAGAAAAUUUUAAAACGGCCUGUCUCCGAGCAAGAGAAAUAUCAACCCAGUUACGAAUGUACUGUUUUAAAUGAUAUUCCAUUGGAUGCGGUUGUCACCUGUUCGUCUACCGAGUCCUCUGCAGCUAAUAGACCGUAUUCACCCGAAAGUGAAACGACGAAUAUUCAUAAUAGGCAAGCGAAUCAAAUGCAAAUCCAAAAUGAUGAAGCAGCUCUAGUGAAAUACAAUCAGCAAAAACUUUCACCAGCUCACUCCAAUGAAAAUAGUUAUUCCGUCAAUAAUAAUAAUAAUAACGUUUAUAUUUCUGAGCAUCUACUUCCAGGAUCGAAUCCACAAUUAACGGCUCAUUGGCUAAAUACAAAUCGUUUUGACAAAUAUGUACCGAUAUUUGCAAAUUUUGGUGGAGCAGACAUGUUGAGAAUGUCCAGAGAUGAUCUGAUUCAAAUUUGUGGACAAGCAGAUGGAAUACGAUUGUAUAAUGUAUUGCACGCUAAGGCAAUUACACCAAAAUUAACUAUAUAUAUUGGCCGUGAAAAUACACCAGUAUUCAAUGCCAUAUUUUUAUCAUCCUACACCAGUGUUGAACUUAUGCAAAAAUUGGCAGCACUAACCGGUGUACCUGGAGAUAAGGUUAGCGACAUUUACAUGAAUGGUCCACAGGCAAUUCACGUUCAGUUAAGUAAUGACGUUAUAAGACAUAUCAAAGAAGAAACAAUGUUUAGUUUAGAAAUUCUUCAAGAUAAUGGCAACUAUAUUUUUGUGCUGAAGCCUUAUAUUAAAUGAUUUGUAAUUAUUGUUAGUAUAGUGAUAGGAUAACACAAUCGAAAUUCUGGAGCAACUCGCGUAUUUGACAGUAGCCCCUUUCUAAAAAAAUGUUACAUUCACUGUCCUAAAACCACAAACCACAGUAACUGAAACUAUUAGUCCUAACAGAAUGAUGUUAUUUCAGCUAGUUUGGAUUCUGUGAAUAUUUUGGAAAUUUCUAUAAUUUAUUAAGUUCAUCUUUCAUCGAAAAUGACCAGGAUACAAAAAAAGAUAAGUAUGUCAAAACUUGGGAGAUGGUCCUUGUUUAUUUUCAAAAAAUCAGAAAUGUGUUAAAGAUAUACAGUCCUCAAUUACCAUCUUAUUCCUGAUCCACAUCUUAAUUGCAAAGAUUUCAACACCGUUCUUCACAUUCCACACGUUGCUUAUUUGCUAAUUGACCACUAAGGAUCGAAGUAACACUGCCUCCUUAGUGGGACUUUAAGGAGGUCCUCUGUAGGCAGAUCCCCCACGUUGUUCCGACCACAACGCACGCUCAAUUCCGCCACAUAGAGCCGACUCCUCUACCAGAAUCAGGCAAGAUUAAAACGUUGGUCCCUGUCGCCCCAGCGAUUCCAUUUAUGAACGUGGUACAAGCUAUCUGUAUUAUUGAACUGUUACUAUUUGUUUAAUACCGAAUACAGUUAUAGAUACAUAAUAACACUCUACUUCAAUAGUAGCAAUUUGACUACAUAAAAAUUUCCAAAAUGAAACAAGCACAUUAGUGAUCAUGAUCACCUAACACCCAACUUAGUAGUUGAAUGGAACUUUAUUUAAGUUGUACUAUGAAGAAACGUUUCGCUCUCGGACUUUUAAUUUAUAAAAAUGUAGUUGCCAGCUCGUCUACCUCUAAAUUAUUUAUAUUAAUGUGCAGGAGUGAGAAAGGUAAAAUAUAAGUUAUAUUGCAUUUAUGUGCUUACAUCUUUUUGGAGUAAACUGACUGUAUCUACUUCGAUUUGCUUUAAAAAUUCUUAACUUUGGACUAAUUUACUUCAUAUGCUGUGAUUUUUUUUAAAGCAAACCAACGUAGAAUGCAUUAUGUGUGAACUUGUGAUUGGAAUUGUCAUUUCCACUGUUAAUUGUUUGACACAUUCUGCCCAUUUUGUUUAUUAGGUGUAAUUAAUUCAAUAUAUCUACCUGUAGGUUUUAGUUCUAUGAUUACUUGUUGAUUAUAAUUGUUAAAGUGUAGUUCGUUCAAUUUUUCUCUAACUGUGAAAAUACAUAAAAUGUAUUUAUUGUUAAGUUUAUUCUAAAUGAUCAAUAUAUGUAUAUAAAAAAAUUGGAUGGUAGAGGCGAUCAAAACGAACACUUGUUCCAAAUAAACAUGUUUCGUUUGCGAGCCACCCUCAAAAAAAUGAUCAAAUUUGCAUUUCUUCUUCGUAAUUUUAAAGAACUGUGGACAAUUUUGUUCCUUAACUCAUUAAAUUUUGCGGAAUUGUC